AAAAUAAAAUAAGACAUGUCCUGCGUGCUCGGCCCAGGGGCAUACCAGGCCCCCUGGGCUUGUUUGCUGGUCUACGCGGGAUUUGUGGGAUUUUGUACGGCAGGCGUGGCCACCCCCAGUGAACUGGAGGAGAGGAAGCGGGGGUGGGGCAGCCUGUGUCUCAGGAUGUUUCACUUUCUCACUUGGAGGGCUGGACAAGGCUCCUUAGCCCAGAGAAGUCACAGGCACCUGAAGGCCCAGCCUGCCCACAGGGGUGGGAGUGGGGAGGGGGGUCAGGGAGGCAGCUGCCCAGACGACCAGCCCCUGCUGGGGCCUGCGGCUCCCAACCCGCCAUGUCACUGGGGAAGUGCCCGGACUGUGAUCCAGGGUGCUGGUCUCCUCUUCCCCUUGAAGGGCCCCUGGGCAGGCGGGGCUGGGCCGGGAGGCGGAGCACAGCUCCCGGUGUCUGGUGUCCGCCCUUCUGUCCCGUCCCACUGUCUGAGUGGCUGGAGGCUGAGCCCCGCCCGCCAACCCAAGGCUUUGGCGGAGGAGCGGCGUCUCUGUCUCCCUAGUCGGGUGCAGCCCGGAAGCCAGCGGGACAGGACCACCUGCCGGUUGCACUUCCCCCAGCUGGCCCUGCGACGGAGGCUGGGACAGCUGAGCUGCAUGUCCAGACCUGCGCUGAAACUGCGCUCCUGGCCCCUGACGGUCCUCUACUACCUCCUGCCCUUCGGUGCCCUCAGACCGCUCAGCCGGGUGGGAUGGAGGCCCGUGAGCAGGGUGGCGUUGUACAAGUCGGUGCCCACACGCUUGCUGUCGCGGGCCUGGGGUCGCCUUAACCAGGUGGAGCUGCCGCACUGGCUGCGCAGGCCUGUCUACAGCCUGUACAUCUGGACCUUCGGGGUGAACAUGAAGGAGGCCGCCGUGGAGGACCUGCACCACUACCGCAACCUCAGCGAGUUCUUCCGGCGCAAGCUGAAGCCGCAGGCCCGGCCCGUGUGUGGCCUGCACUGCGUGAUCAGCCCGUCGGAUGGGAAGAUCCUCAACUUUGGGCAGGUGAAGAACUCGGAGGUGGAGCAGGUGAAGGGGGUCACCUACUCCCUGGAGUCGUUCCUGGGCCCGCGUACCUCUGUGGAGGACCUGCCCUUCCCACCAGCUGCCUCCUGCAACUCCUUCCGGAGCCAGCUGGUCACCCGGGAAGGGAAUGAGCUCUACCACUGCGUCAUCUACCUGGCCCCCGGGGACUACCACUGCUUCCACUCGCCCACCGACUGGACCGUGUCCCACCGGCGCCACUUCCCAGGCUCCCUGAUGUCCGUGAACCCCGGCAUGGCCCGCUGGAUCAAAGAGCUCUUCUGCCACAAUGAGCGGGUGGUCCUGACCGGGGACUGGAAACACGGCUUCUUCUCGCUGACAGCUGUGGGGGCCACCAACGUGGGCUCCAUCCGCAUCUACUUUGACCAGGACCUGCACACAAACAGCCCGCGGUACAGCAAGGGCUCCUACAACGACUUCAGCUUCGUGACCCAGGCCAACAGGGAGGGCAUCCCCAUGCGCAAGGGUGAGCACCUGGGCGAGUUCAACCUGGGCUCCACCAUCGUGCUCAUCUUCGAGGCCCCCAAGGACUUCGACUUCAAGCUGAAAGCAGGACAGAAAAUCCGAUUUGGGGAGGCCCUGGGCUCCCUCUAGGCCUCUCCUGGCUGCUGCUGCUGAGGGAUCUAAACAGAAAUGGGAGUUUUUGAGAGGAACCUCCUCGGCUGUCUGGAGGGAACUCUCAGGACCAGGGGGUCUGACCAGGCAGGACCUGGGUCACUUCUGCUCCUGCUGUCCCAGAGGUGCGGGCGAGGCCAGAGCCCGGUCCUGCCCAAGACCUACGUCAUCCCCUCUGCUCACCCUAAAGAGAAAGUAAGUGUCGGGCUGAUCUCAGAUUCCCUUUUGGAGAAGUUUUAACCCCUAUUGCAUAAACCAGAGACCUGCAUCUCCUGGC